GUUGCAAGAAUGAAGCCUCAGGGUUGGUUAUGUGCCACUGACUAGUCACACCUGUCUGUAGAGUUGAACAGGUUUUUCCGCAAAACAUUUUAAACAAAAUAGGCAGCAACUAGAGAACAAUCCUACGGAUUCCUGGUCAUUUUAAAACCAGAAAUUGAAAACACUCUGAAGUGUUGGUGUAUUGAUGUCUGUUUCAAAUACUGGAUUACUCAAAAGAAAAUUGAGCGAACAACCUGGAAGGGAAAACCAAGCUUAAACGUAUUAUAUGUCGGAGAGUGUAACAAGAGAACAGAUACAAAGCCACCAACACUCCCACACGGUGAGAUGGCAGAAUUCAAGAUAAUAGUGGGUUGCCUCUCUGCAUUGGUGUGUAUGGCACUGGUCCUGGUCAUCUUCGGUCAACGACAGGCUGUGGCUACGCAUUUGCAGAAAGAAAUUCUGCGGGAGAGGAAUUUACAGCUGUACCUCCAAACAAUAGAGGAUAGUAAAGGAACCCACCAACUACUGGAAAUACAGUUACACAAAUCUUUGAAUGAGAUAAAAGAACAUGAAGAGGAAGUAAAUAAACUGGUCAGUGUUAGUGGUAUGAAGAACACUCAGAUUGCGACCUGUCAGGCGGAUAAGACUAAAAAGGCGAAAGAAGUGUUAAAAGUAGAAAAGGAGCAGAAUGAUCAUAUAGCUGCUUUCAAAACAGAAACAGAGUCUUGGACUGCAGAGGUUACCAGUCUCAACCAGCAGAUGGAGAAGACCAGCCAAGUGUGUACAUUUGUCAAACAGAACUCAGCAGCUGCAAAGAAACUGUGUCCUGAGCCUACAGCAGCUCCAGAAGCUCCAGCGGCUCCAGAAGCUCCAGCGGCUCCAGACGCUCCAGCAGCUCCAGCGGCUCCAGAGGCUCCAGCGGCUCCAGAAGCUCCAGCAGCUCCAGCAGCUCCAGCAGCUCCAGCAGCUCCAGAAGCUCCAGCGGCUCCAGCUGCCCAAUGAUGAACAAUACUGUUUCCUUCUCUCUGGUUAGCUCUGGUUGUGUGACAUGUCUUUUAGCAAUUUGUUUUCUAGUUCUUUAUCAGGUAUUAUUAGAUUUCCCAAAACUACUAUUUCAAAUCUUUUUUUAAAGCUGUUUAUUGCCAGUCAAAAAGGGUCAGUGUUGUUUUAACAAAUGGGUGUGCAUUUUCUAAACAUCCCCUUGAUAAUCUCUAUCAAGACAGUAAUAAAGGGUAAUUUGUCUUUUACAUAUAAUCAUUAAUGAUUAAUAAUAUAUAUAUAUAUCAAUUGCCAUGUUGAAGAACAAAGGUUGAAGAAUAAAACUAAACAUCUAAAAUCA